UUCUCAUUUUCUUCUCUCUCUGUUCUGAAGCUCAUGAGCUAUGGCGGAAGGUGAAGAAAACGAUGAUUACAUGGGGGACCUCUCUCAGUUUCUUCCUCAAGAAACAUCAAUCCUUCCAAAACCUUCUUCAUCCAAGGUUUCCCAUUCCGAACCCCUAGUCGUUCAAUCCUCAAAGAAGAAGGCCAAAACCCAAAAUUGGCAGGAGCACAGAAAGCUCGAAAGAGAGAGGAAGCAGAUAAAAGAAGACGAGGAAAUCCUGGCGAGAAUAGAGGACCCGAUUCCACAAUCCAAUAUAGGGUUCAAAUUGUUGAAGCAAAUGGGGUACACUCCCGGUUCAGCCCUAGGGAAAGAGGGUACGGGUCGGGCUGAACCGGUGGGGCUGGAGAUUCGGCGGUCACGAGCCGGGAUCGGGCGGGUUGACCCGAGGGAGGAGAAGAGGAAGAGAGAGGAGAGGAAGGCAGAGAAGGAGAUGAGGAAUGAAGCUGCAUUAAUGGAGGAAUUUGGGUGUAGGAAGAAGUCUCAGUGGAGGAUUAGAAGAGUGUUUGUUAAUUUUAACAAGGCAAAAGGAGCUUUGGAUCAAUUGGAGAACAAGGAAAUUAUGGUGCCAAAGAAAGAUGAGGAUGAGGAGGAGGAAGAACAAGACCUAGAUGAUGAAGAAGAGGAAGAAGAGAUAACAGAAGAGGAUUUGCUGAACAUAUUAAUGAAACUAAGAGAUGAGCACAGAUAUUGCCUUUUUUGCGGAUUCCAGUAUGAAUCAAUGGAGGCUCUCUUGUCCAAUUGUCCUGGAAUUGAAGAAGAUGACCACUAAUAUAUGAUAUUCUUUGUCACUUUAUUACAAAUGCUUACUUUUGAAGAAGAUUAUGUAGGCAACUGAGUAAAGCCGAAAGUUUGUAAAAAAUAAUGUGAGCUCUUCAUAGUUCAUAUAUAAGAUAAGAGUUUUUUUUAGAAGUUGUAGAUUUAAUUUUAGAAAAUUGCUUCCCAAAAAUUGGUGUUAAUAGUCCUCAAGGCUAAAUUUUUUAUUUCUCUUGUACCCAAUUUUAAUAGAUUAUUUUAAAUACUAAUAAAAUGACAAGUAUCAAUUUUUUUAA